ACACGCUGAGAUAUUUACACUGAAGUGCUCGGUAAACCCGCGCGCUGACGAAUCCCUCGGACUCACCGUGAUGACCACAACCACGUGGUGAAGUCAGUCCUAUAUAAAUCUCUCUCUCCAACCGGCUGCCUUCAGAUGUGCAUGUGUGUGCUGGCACAGCGACUGUUGUUUUCCACCAGAAGGAACAGAGGAGUGCGUAAACCGAAAAGGAAAUCGCUUUUGCCUGCUCUUACAGUAGUUUAUCCCAUCACUCCGUACUCUUCUUUUCUGUCAGGCAACUUUAGGACGCGUGAGACAGGUACAGCUUUAUUUUCUUCAGCAUCUGCUGGUGCCAAACGCAGGGAGGAGGAGAGGCGAUGCGCCUUGCGGAGUGAGCAGAGGCUUUUUUCUGGACCUCCACAUCUUCUCAUACAGUGAGGGCGAGUGGGAGGCGUGAUCGUGCGGCGCUUUGGAGAGAGUUCGCGGCGUUCUGAUGCGGUGGAGGUGCGCGCAAGAAGCCCGCAGGCGACGCGUCUGUCCAAAACAAGCGCAUCAACAGAGCUUUGCGAAGCAGAAACUUUUGAUGGCCAAAUCAACGGCUGUUUUAGUGCCUUGUCAUUCAGUGCACGCACUUUGAAGUGAUUUGGAAUGAAGAUCUUAGCUUCUCUCCCGCAUAUAACGGAUCUGACAGACCAUUUCGCGCUGGCACCUCGGAUGGAUUUGCAGGUACAAUAAACAGAGACGUUGAUAAUAGUGCGCGGACGCGCAAAAGUGAAAUUAGGCUUCGCCGUCGAGUUGAAAUGAUUGGCCUUCUGCGUAACUUAAUCCACUAAUUAGCAUUUUCAAACUCGCUUCAGCUACAAAAACAAAAGCACAAAAUGAACUUGUACGUCUUGAGCCUCCUUCUGACCUUGGAUUUAGCCACAGUGGCCGUCAGCUUAUCCACAUGCAGCACUCUGGACAUGGAGCAGUUCAAAAAGAAGCGGAUCGAGGCCAUCCGCGGUCAGAUCCUCAGUAAACUCAAGCUGAGCAGUCCUCCCGAGAUCUACCCCGAGCCCGAGGAGGUGUCCCGGGACAUCAUCGCCAUCUAUAACAGCACACGGGACCUGCUGCAGGAGAAAGCCAACGAGCGAGCGGCCACCUGCGAGAGACAGCGCAGCGAGGAGGAGUACUACGCCAAAGAAGUGCACAAGAUAGACAUGCAGCCCUUCUACCCUGCCGAGAAUGUAAUUUCUCCAACACAUUACAACCCGUACUUCAGGAGGCUCAGGUUUGACGUGAGCUCCAUGGAGAAGAACGCCUCGAACUUGGUGAAGGCAGAGCUCAGGAUCUUCAGGCUGCAGAACUCAAAGGCCCGUGUGUCUGAGCAGCGCAUUGAGCUUUACCAGAUUUUAGGUCAUAAGGACCUCACGUCACCCACGCAGCGCUACAUUGACAGCAAGGUGGUGCGCACCCGUACCGAGGGCGAGUGGCUGUCCUUUGACGUGACGGAGGCCGUCAGCGAGUGGCUCCUGCACAGAGACAGAAACAAUGGAUUCAAGAUCAGCCUGCACUGUCCCUGCUGCACAUUUGUGCCGUCAAAUAAUUACAUCAUCCCCAACAAGAGCGAGGAGCUGGAGGCGCGCUUUGCAGGUAUAGAUGACAGCUUUGUGCACGGAGGGGAUCUGAAGAUGUUUAAAAAGCGGCGCCACAGCGGCCAGUCUCCGCACCUGCUGCUGAUGCUGCUUCCUUCGUACCGGCUGGAGUCGCAGCACAAGAGCCACAGACAGAAACGCGCUCUGGACGCGGCCUUCUGCUCCAGAAAUGUGCAGGACAACUGCUGUUUACGCUCUCUCUACAUCGACUUCAAGAAGGAUCUGGGUUGGAGGUGGAUCCACGAACCCAAGGGAUAUAACGCCAACUUCUGUGCGGGAGCCUGUCCGUAUCUGUGGAGUGCAGACACCCAGCACAGCAAUAUCCUUGGCCUCUACAACACCAUUAAUCCAGAAGCAUCCGCAUCUCCUUGCUGUGUGUCUCAGGAUCUGGAACCCCUCACAAUCCUUUACUACAUCGGAAAAACGCCCAAAAUCGAGCAGCUCUCCAACAUGAUUGUUAAGUCCUGCAAGUGCAGCUAGGAACCGAUCAGCUCCAUUUCCGAGAACACGCAUUCACACAAACAAACACACGGUAAUUUAAAACCCAAUCACACACAUGCUGGGAAGAGUAAUUCCUGCAGACUCUCAAAAAACAAGAUCAUUGGAUAAAAAACACACACAUCUGAACGUGUGAACUUGUGCUGGAAACGGCCCUGUCGGCAUGUGUCACAUCACCCGCUCAUCACUCUAUGGAUGUGAGUUUGGCAAACACUGGAAGUACGUGAUAGGUGUCUAUAUGUGAAGCAAGUGGAAGAGAAAAUCCCUUGUUCCAUUAAUUUCAAACAAACACUUCUGUUUUUUUUUUUUUUUUUGUUUUUUUUUUAAGUCGUUGUUGUUGUUGUUGAUUUUGUUUCCCUCAAUAAUACGGAUAUUGUUUGUUUGGUAAUAUAUAAAUCCCACGAUAUUGUUCACCAGUACUGGUGAAGAGCUGGAAACUUCUGGCGAACAGUUGCCGCAAACUGUACAGUUGUCACAAACGAACUUCGAGUAUGGUGCAAAUAAAGCGUUUUUGCAUAAGGGUUGGCGACAGAAAGACAUGAAAUAUUCCGGAAGGUUAAUGCAAGCCUCAGAAAGACCUUAAAUGGUGUAAAUAAAAAGUCCAAGACCAACAAGUCGUGUUGUUCCAAGCAGCCAAAGACAUUUUGUUCCAUUGCAGACAGUCAUUUAGAAUCAUUCUCUACACAAGUACACAACUGCAGAUGAAAUGCUUCAAAGCAAUACAGAACAAACAAAACAAAUAGAAUUUCCAUCAGAUGUCUGUGUAAUUAAGCCAAAUGUUUUAUUAUGCAGAUAUAAACAUGUAGACAUUGCUCUUCAAACUGUUGCUCUGCCAAGAUCUGAAAGAGAGAAGCGACCAUAGAAGUAUGCUAGCGUGCACUGUAGCGCCCCUGAGAAUGCAACGUGUACUUGUGAUAUUUAGUUGUGUUUCAGAACUUAACAGCGUGUGAAACUGAGCUUGCAAAGCAAGAAGUGUUUAUGAUUAUGUACGUAUAUGUGGAAGUACGUUAAACGCUGUAUUCUGAAGUUUAAAAAUGUUUGUCUACAAAUUUAUGUCUAGCUAGUUCUUAUUCUUUUGUAAACAUUACAAAAAAAGGUCCCAGGCAGAAAUGGUGCCAGAAGUUAGUUUCUUUAGGAUGGACGGAAGAUAGUCUGUACUGUAUUUUAAGGUGAUGUUGUUACAGUGUAAUUACAUGAAUAUGUACUGAUUAAUAUUGCUAGUGCUUACUGUAGGGUUACGUACACGUAACGGUCACCUUAAAAUAGUGUUCACACACUGUUUGCUUGGUUUGAGAACAAUUCACAAAAGAAAUCAGCUGCAAACAGCCACAAAUUUCUGAAAAGAAUGGCCGUGACUUUUAGAUACUCACUGCGCAGAGCUUUACCAAACAUGUAGGGCCUGGUUAAACUGGAAUACGGGUGGUUAGUAAAUAACACGCUGGUUUUUGUGCUGAAAUACAGCAUGCAAAAGUGGCAACUUCGAGAAUGCACCCCAUAGUCCCUUAUUAGAGCAGGUGAAGCUGUGAUGUCACCAACUCGACAGUGCUGAAAGGAUGUGAUGUCAUCGGAGACUGAGGCGAGGGCGGGUCAUUAGCAAUAGGUAUGUUUACAUGCACCGAUCGAAACGAAUCCAGAUCGAAUCACAGCCUCAAAUUCUGUUUGCGUGAAUAUAUUUGAUUGCAUGUGCAUUGCAUUUAUUCCGAAACUGUAGCGCAUUUGCAGUUCCCAUUCAGAACUGGACGUAUCUAAAAAGAAAGCGGACUUGGAAGCGGAUUGUUUUCUAGGAGUAUGUAAAUAAACAAAAACAAAUAUAAAAUAGUCAGAUUCAAGCGUUUCCAUGCUUUAUUCGUUUCCUGUUAGUUUUAAGUAUUAAGCUUUGUAGACCUGAAUCAGAUCAACAGGAAAAAAAUAAAGCACACAAAGCUCCCCCUUUACGUUUGAUUAAAAUUUAAUUCAGAUCGAGCUCAGUUAAAUCAUUUACAUGAAGGCUUUUCAGCCCAAUUGAGCCACCAAUCCAAUUCUAAAUGGAUUAUUUGAGUGCAUGUAAACAUAGCUAUUGAUGUGGGAAGAGUGUGUUGCUUUAGUGAACUCAGAGAUUUUGAUGAAAGGAUUUGAAGAAUGUGAACAGACGUAUAAUGGACGUGUACGUGAGAGACGGUAACCCCGGUUCAUCCUUUUGAAGAUGUUGUGCGGAGGCCAGCUUGACAAAUGCACUGCAGCAGCCGCGGACGCUGACGUCCAUAACGCUUAUCGUGGAGAAAUGUUUUCUACACAUCUCAAA